AUGCGGCACCAGCAGCUGUUCGAGGGAUGGGGCCAGCCGUUGGAGCUGGAUAGUUCGGGCGUAGGGAAGAUCCACAGGGCCACGUACACUCGCCUUCAAAUUGCCAAUUUACGGCCAUUGCAGUUGCCCGCCACUGCUGGCAAUCUUCUUUACGUGAAUAUUGUGAACACUGAUGGCGCAAAGAAUUUCUUCGGAACACUGCACCGUAACAAGUUUUUAUUGAAUGAGCUGCAAAAAAAGCUUCACAAGAUCAGCAAUCCCAUGCGUCUUCUCGAUCCAGCUCCUGGCGAAGUUGUCCUUGUCAGAACCAAUGAGGCGGGAUUUUUGCGAGGAAGCAUUAUGCGGAAAACGAAUUUUAUGACGUGUACGACUUAUCUGAUUGACUGCGGUGUCACGAUGGAAGUGCCUUUGGAUGAUUUUUACAUGCUCACCAAGAAAUUACGUCGAAUCCCGCCGCAGGCCUUUCUGAUGCAAUUGGAUGGUCCGGAAAUCGAUCAAAUGGCUAUUUCGCAAGAAGAGCUAGAUGCAUUAGUCAGGUGCAGCGUAGUCGCCUUUCGUCUGAGUAAGUUCCUUUUCCUCGUUUUAUCCAGGAGGCUGUCGCUGUUAAACGUUUCUCCGUUGUUUUCUGCGAUUCUUUUUAAAUUUUUUUAUGUCUUUAUUAGGGAGAUGGACUUUCAGGCGCGAAAUUUAAAAUAA